CAAAGUGCAAAAAUCUACGUCCCUUCGUUCUCACCCAAAAACCCUCAACGCAUCGUGAUAAUAAUAACCAAAAGAAGGAGAGAGAAAAGGCUCUCUGUCUGUGUUCUCUGAUAAAAGAAGAAAAAGCUCUUUGUUGGGUUUGGUUUGGUUUCUCUCUUUCUCCGUAGAAAUGGAAGCUCCUGGCACGACGGCUUGCUUUGUGGACGACCUGCUGAACUUCGCGUCCGACAUAGGCGAGGAAGACGACGAAGAAGAAAAUCCCAGAAGGCCUCUUGCUUCGCUUGACCCCAGCCCUGAGGAAGACCUAGAAUGGAUAUCGAACAAGGAUUCGUUCCCGAAAGUGGAAACAGUCGCCGACUUCCUCUCGGAGCACCCGGAAAGCCUGUCCAAGCACCACAGCCCCGUGUCGGUGCUUGAGAGCAGCACCACCAGCACCCACAGCAACAACAGCAACAGCAACAGCACGACUCUUAUUAGCUGCUGCGGCAGCCUCAAGGUGCCCGUGCGGGCGCGCAGCAAGCGACGCCGGACGCGUCGCCGCGACAUGCCGUGCCAGCUGCAGCACUGGUGGACCCGCCAGCAACCCAGCAGGAAGCCCAAACCGGUGUCCGCCACCACCACGAUUGGGAGGCAGUGUCAGCAUUGCGGGGCCGAAAAGACCCCGCAAUGGCGGGCGGGGCCGGCCGGGCCCAAAACACUCUGUAAUGCUUGCGGGGUGCGGUACAAGUCCGGGCGGCUCGUGCCCGAGUACCGCCCGGCCAGCAGCCCGACAUACUCAGCCGAGGUGCAUUCGAAUUCGCACAGGAAGAUACUGGAGAUGAGGAAGCACAAGCAUGUGGGGAUGGGGAUGGUAGUGAAGCCUGUGGAUAAAGGGUAGGCUAGGAUAGUGUGGUGAGUGUUGGUAGUAAUUUAUCUUCUAUUUGUCACAUUUUUAGCAUAGGUAGGAGUUAGGGGUUUGUAAUGCGGGGGUUUAGAUAGAGUUAGUGAAAGUUAUUUUUGUGUUAGGGGAAUUUUUGGACUUUAGUGUGUUUGGUUAUGCUAUAGACUAGAAACACAAGAUAGUGUUCCUUGGCUUUUGCCCAAUUUAAUUCUUUUUGCUCUA